UCUUCCUGGACUCGCACUGGAGCUGCUGAUGUCGCUUGUUGGUGAGCUGAGAUCAAAUCUCAAGACCCUGAAGCCGUUGCCGAUCUGUAGUUCUACACCCACAUGACAGUGAGCCCUCUGCAAACUAAAAACUGAGCUGAAGAAUAAACCAAGUACAUUCCACGACAGAGCAUUGUCCUCUUAGAUGCAGCUCACUCUUUGUUUUUGCAAAUGGCUUGCUGUCUGAAGGACGAGCUCCUCUGUUCCAUCUGCCUGAGCAUCUACCAGGACCCUGUCAGCUUUGGUUGCGAGCACUACUUCUGCCGCAAGUGCAUCACUGAACACUGGAGCAGACAGGAGCCCCACGGAACGCGGGACUGUCCCGAGUGCCGGAGAACCUUCACUGAUCCGCUUCUCUCCCCGAGUCUCAAGUUAUCCAACAUCGUGGAGCGCUACUCAGCCUUCCCACUUGACGCCAUCCUCAACGCGCAAAGGAGCUCGUAUCCCUGCAAGGACCACGAAAAGGUCAAGCUCUUCUGCCUGAGCGACAAAAGUCUGGUGUGUUUCUUCUGUGAUGAGCCGGCGCUGCAUGAACAGCACCAGGUGACCACCAUUGACGAGGCUUACGAGGAGAUACAGAGGGAGAUGAAGGAGCAGCUGGCCACCCUGCAGGACAGUGAGAAGGGACACACUGAGGCCCUGCAGCUACUGCAGAGACAGCUCACUGAGACUAAGUCCUCAGCUAAGAGUCUGCGUGCGACCAUUGGUGACGCGUUUGAGCGCCUUCACCGGUUCCUGCGUGAGCGUCAGAAGAGCAUGCUGGAAGAGCUGGAGAUGGAUACAGCCCGCAAGCUCGCUGACAUCGAGCACAAGAUCCAACGCUACAGCCAGCAGCUGCGUGAUGUCAAGGAGGGCAUCCAGAUCCUGCAAGAGCGACUCAAUGAGACAGGACGACACGACUUCCUGGAGGGAGUGGCCAUCACUUCUGAGAGGAUUAAGGGGAAGAUACAUGAGACCAAUCUGACGUAUGAAGACUUCCCGACAUCCAAGUACAUGGGGCCCUUACAGUACACAAUAUGGAAGUCUCUCUUCCAGGAUAUUUCACCAGUGCCAGCAGCUUUGACCCUUGACCCCAUCACAGCCCACCAAAGACUCAUCCUGUCAGAUGACUGCACUAUCGUGGCCUACGGGAAUCUCCAUCCCCAGCCGCUGCAGGACUCUCCACGCCGCUUUGAUGUGGAGGUGUCCGUUCUGGGCGCCGAGGGCUUCGGCUCGGGUGUCCAUUACUGGGAGGUGAUGGUGUCGGAGAAGACCCAGUGGAUGAUCGGUGUGGCCAACGAGACGGUCAGCCGCAAGGGCAGCAUCCAGAUCCAGCCCAGCCGCGGGUUCUACUGCAUCGUGAUGCACGACGGCAACCAGUACAGCGCCUGCACUGAGCCCUGGACCCGUCUGAACGUCAAGAGCAAGCUGGAGAAGGUCGGGGUGUACCUGGACUACCCCAAAGGCCUGCUCGUCUUCUACAACGCGGACGACAUGUCCUGGCUCUACACCUACAGGGAGAAGUUCCCCGCCAAGCUCUACCCUUACUUCAGCCCCGGCCAGAGUCACGCCAACGGCAAGAACGUGCAGCCGUUGAGAAUCAACACUGUGCGCCUAUAAGUACACACACCUGUGGUUGUGAUUGUCCAAGGGGGUGUAUCUUUCACCAUCACAGGUGAAUUCACAAGACUACCACCGUUUAAAAAAAGUUAAAGCAAACGGUUCUUAAAAAAAAAAAAAAAAAAAGUUUAAUGAGGUGUUUGAAAUGUUUGUUUCUUUCAAUUUGGUGUUAAGAAUUGUGCGUGCCACUGCUCUUAUCACCUGCACCGUGAAUUUUUUGGGGACUUUUGGAUUGACCGUACAAUAUGGCCUGCACUUGAGCCUCAUUCUGCUUCUUCAAUUAAAAAAAAAAAAAAAAGAUGAUGAGACUAAUGGAAAGAGAGAGAGAGGCUUGGCUUUUUGGAGUCGGUGUCAGUGAUGUAACCCCUGAAGUGAUUUCCCCUCUUUAGUGACUGGCCCACCUCGCACAGUCCCAGGGGGCACUGCUCUCCUUAUCAAGCUCCUGGCUUGUCAGACUCUUGUCCCCUCUCUGUCCCAGUAAGUGGAUGCCGAAAACCGGUCACUUAUCUUCUCUGUGCUGUAUAGUUGGCCUAGCUGUGUUUGUGGAAUGUGUUUGAGAGCACUUGACUCCUUUUUGCUUUUCUGUGGCCACCAUUUCCAGAGAUGGGACCAAGUCAUUGUUUUCCAAGUCACAAGUAAGUCUCAAGUCUUGGCAUUCAAGCCCGAGUCAAGUCACAAGUCAAGACUUAAGUCUGUAAGUCAAGUCCUAAACUUUGAGGUUUGAGUCCUUAACAAAUAAUAAUGUGCUCUUUACCAAUCACAGUUUGAUAAUUAAUUUAAGUUAUGCCUGCCCUGUAUAUGCAAAUUAUUGCACAUGGCCCAUUAGCACCGCCUAUUUCAACUAACUAGUCUGUCUUAACUGUUAUUCAAUUUGGGAAUAACAGUGGUCCUAAAAUGACAAGGCACCUCUUCAUUCAGUUAAUUCCAAAGAAUGGCAGGACCAGCUUCUUGUGCAAGUAUUUUUUCCUCCCACAUCUGGCGCACCAAGACUGUUCCUCACAUUCUUUGGACGUUGCACUGUUGUAUCACACGUUUCACAAGAAAUCUGCUGGUGAAGUGCAACUGUUAACAAAGAGAAUGUCAUGUUCCGGUGUAAACAAAUGACAAUGUUGGCAGAUUUGGACAAGAAUCUGGCUGAAUUAAUUAAUAUCAAGGAUUUCAAAGUCAGAUGGCUAAAAUCCAAGUGAAGUCUUGAGCCACUGGUUUUGAAGUCAAACUCGAGCCACAAGACUUUCUUGAUUUUUGGCAAGUUUAUAGUAAUCAGAUUUGUGACAUAAAGCCCGGUCAAGUGUCGAGUCCACACCUAUGACAGUUUCAGCAAUCCACUCUGAACGGAUCAAGCCUGUUGACACUUUUCACUUCUGUCUGUUACCAUCUACCAGUUUGGGGUGUGUGGUGUCCCGUGUUCCUGCAGGUCACAUCCAAGUGUGUCCAUUGAAAGUCUCCAUUAUUGCAGAGAAGGCUCUUGUUCCAUAUCCUCAAGUGGUUCUCUGUGUCACUUAGAGCAAAUUAAAUGAAUGAAUAAGUGGUUGAUAGAUCAGCCAUCCCUGUCCACACCCCAAUCCCAUCUACAUGUAAGGUCUGAAGGUAUGUAUGGAAGUUAUCUGAGAAUAUGCUGCUAUUCUGGGAAUGGGGACGUGCAUGUUUACAUGUGGGGGGGGGGGGCACAAGUAAUCUAGCAUUCCACAUAGACAUUGGUAUUGUAUCCACUUUAGCAUUAACACUAAUUUUUGACCCCAUUCUUUUGCCUCCUGUUACAACAAUAUAUCAUUUUAUUCUAAUGUAAAAUGGCUCAAUCAGAAUGAUAAAUCGUUCCAUCUAAAUAGCCAAAAAAGCCAGAUAUCACUGGCCUGUAGCAGGAAAGGUUAAGAUGAGAUAUUGCUUAAAACAAAAUCUGUUGAAAAUCAAAAAUGCUGUGGAGACCAACUUUUUUUUUUUUUUUUUUUAAAUCAUAUCUAUACAAAUGAAUUAAAGCUGUAUGUUGAGAAAACUGUAAUUAGCAAGGGAAGGAGUGAUGGAUGGACAAUAGCUUUGUUAUGUCAUUCCCGUGCACUUGGCCUUCACAGAAAUGUCGCAUUAUUAUGUAACAAUACAAUCACUGACAAUUCCUCUGAGGCUCAGUCAUGUUUGCUACUUUGCCCAUGUGUCUCAAGUGCUCUUGUCAUUCAUUGGUUGUACACACAAGCCCUCCAGAAUCAGCUCUAAGAGGCCCUUGUCCCCUAGCCAAGCGCAGCAUACUGAGAGAUGUGUGUCUGUCAGUGGGUGGGCAUAUGUGUGGGUGUGUUGUCCAGCCGGGGUCAAACACAAGUUUAAAUUCUACCAGCUUUAGCUGUGCUUCAUAAAACCCAUCUGGCCCUCCAAGUGUGCUCAUGCAAUAGCUAAAUGUAUUUACUAUAAAUUACUUUUGGACCAGAUGUGACUUGAGAGAUUUUUCUUUGAAUUACAAAAGAGUAAAAAAAAAGAAAAGAAAAGAAAAGAAAAAAAUCACCUCACAUCCUUUGCCUCUCUACACCUUCGUGUGUGUAUGUAUGUUGUCUGUGUUAUUCAUUUAAAAGAGUUGGGGCAGUGCCCCUGUUUAGUUGGAUGUAUUCGUGUGAUGUGAUUCCAGUAUGUGCAGUAUGAUGCAAACCAUGGUCAAACUGUGUGUUUUCCAAUCAUUUUUAGCAUUUGUUUUAGCGUGCAUGGAGUAGCAGUGUGUGGAUUUCCAUAUGGAAUAUUAUAACAAGUACCAGAAGGUGCAGACAAUCAGGGCAGCGUAUGAAAGUCACUUUGCUCUGUGACUGACACGGUCUGUAUUGUCCUGAUGAAGUAAAUCCCAAUCACCUGAUGUUUAAUGUGGGCUACAACAAAUGCUAAAAAUGUGAAAUACUUUUUGACCCUUGUCUGGUGUGCUGCAGACCUCUGUGGGGCCUGCUUUAAGAGAGACUGUUUCCAUUAGGAUAUGAAGAAGGAGAUUAUUAUUGUGAGACGGUGGCGGGUUACUGGUGGUGGUGGUGAUGAUGGUAAAAAUGAUAUCUAUGACACUUUUAAUGAUUAUAAUGAUUGUGUGUUUUGAUGAUGGCCGCUGUGCACCCAUCAUUGUGUGAACACACUCUAGUGUGCUUUUGCUGCUAGAGGUUUGUGAGAAAUGUUUUAAUGUACAACAAUAAAUUACUGCUAAAUCCA